AUGGCCACCAUGGACCACACAGCCUAUAUUCGCAAAUGUCUGGCUCUUGCAGGACAAUCUCCUCCACGUCCAACAAACUUCCGCGUUGGCGCCCUUCUCCUCUCACGCUCAGACACCGACCCCACCUUUAGCGGUGAUCGCAUUCUCUCCACAGGCUACACGAUGGAGCUAGCAGGCAACACACAUGCUGAACAAUGCUGCUUCUCAAACUUCGCUUCUGUGCACAAGGUUCCCGAAGAAGAUGUUGGCUUUGUGCUUCCUGUGGAGCCGGGUCGGAAGCUCAUCAUGUAUGUUACCAUGGAGCCAUGCGGGAAGCGGUUAUCGGGAAAUGCGCCCUGUGCACAGCGCAUCGUGAAGACAAAGGAAGGGGGGCUGGCAGGGAUCCACAAGAUUUACUUUGGUGUUAAGGAGCCUGAGACGUUUGUCGGGGCGUCAGUGGGGUGUCGGAUGCUUUCUGAGGCGGGGAUUGAGUGGGAGCAUGUUUCUGGAUUAGAGAGAGAGAUUCUGCAGGUCGCUACGGCUGGUCAUGAGGAUUCAGAAAAGGAGGUGAGAGAGGCAUUGGAGAAGAUGGGAAAGGGUGUAGAAGGAGAUGAGGAGCAGAGGAGAAGGGAGGCACAGCCUCGGAAUCCGAAGAAAAGAAUGAUGGAGGGAGAAAAUACUCUUUAUUAG